AUGAAUAUUGCAAUGAAUCGAAUUAUGAAAGAAUUCAAAGAAGUCGUAACAAAUGAAUCUAAUGGAAUUGAUUUAAAAAUGCCAGAAGGUGAAUUAACAAGAAAUGUAUCUAAUUUAGGAUCACAAUCAAAUAAAAAAGAAAUUUUUUUAACUGGAUCUAUUCAAGGACCACCAGAUACACCUUAUGCUGGUGCUCGAUUUCAUGUUGAUAUUAUUGUUGUUGAUACAUAUCCAUUUAAUCCACCUAAAGUUCGAUUUACAACAAAAAUUUGGCAUCCAAAUGUUAGUUCAGUUACUGGUGCAAUUUGUCUUGAUAUUCUUAAAGAUCAGUGGGCAGCUGCAAUGACUAUACGAACAGUGUUGCUCAGUUUACAAGCAUUACUUGCAACACCAGAACCAGAUGAUCCGCAAGAUGCAGUUGUUGCUAAUCAAUACAAAAAGGAUCGAAAAUUAUUUGAGAAAACAGCUCGACAUUGGGCAAAUGUAUACGCAAAUGGACCAAAUCCUGAACCAGAAUGUGAUGCAGCUGUAGCAAGUCUUGUUGAAAUGGGUUUUUCUGAAGAAAAAGCUCGUUCAGCAUUAUCAACAAUGCAUUGGAAUACAAGUGAUGCUUUAGAAAGUUUAUGCAAGGGUUAA